GUCCGCUCUUGACCCACUUCCGGCAGGUGACGCAAUUCCGCUUUGCUGGGCGCGCGGUGGACGGUCUGAAACCUAGAGCGCGGCUUUCGCUGGGGCUUGGCGGCUCCUGGGCCCGGCAUGGCUUCUUCACGAGCCUCCUCCACGGCACCCAAAACUAAGGCACCCGAUGACUUAGUGGCUCCUGUUGUGAAGAAACCACACAUCUAUUAUGGAAGUUUGGAAGAGAAGGAGAGAGAACGUCUGGCCAAAGGAGAGUCUGGCAUUUUGGGUAAAGAAGGACUGAAAGCAGGAAUUGAAGCAGGAAAUAUUAAUAUAACCUCUGGAGAAGUAUUUGAAAUUGAAGAGCAUAUCAGUGAACGGCAGGCAGAAGUAUUGGCUGAGUUUGAAAGAAGGAAGAGAGCCCGGCAAAUCAAUGUUUCCACAGAUGACUCAGAGGUCAAGGCUUGCCUUAGAGCCUUAGGGGAACCCAUUACACUUUUUGGAGAGGGCCCUGCUGAAAGAAGAGAAAGAUUAAGAAAUAUCCUCUCAGUGGUUGGUACUGAUGCCUUAAAAAAGACAAAAAAAGAUGAUGAGAAAUCUAAGAAGUCCAAAGAAGAGUAUCAGCAAACCUGGUACCAUGAAGGACCAAAUAGCCUGAAGGUGGCCAGGCUGUGGAUUGCUAAUUAUUCACUGCCCAGGGCAAUGAAACGCUUGGAAGAGGCCCGUCUCCAUAAAGAGAUUCCUGAAACAACUAGGACCUCCCAGAUGCAAGAGCUGCACAAAUCUCUCCGGUCUCUGAAUAACUUCUGCAGUCAGAUUGGGGAUGAUCGGCCUAUCUCCUACUGUCACUUUAGUCCUGAUUCCAAAAUGCUGGCCACAGCUUGUUGGAGUGGGCUUUGCAAGCUCUGGUCUGUUCCUGAUUGCAACCUCCUUCACACACUUAGAGGCCAUAACACAAAUGUAGGCGCAAUUGUAUUCCAUCCCAAGUCUACAAUCUCAUUGGACCAAAAAGAUGUUAACCUGGCCUCUUGUGCUGCUGAUGGUUCUGUGAAACUUUGGAGUCUUGACAGUGAUGAACCAGUGGCAGAUAUUGAAGGCCACACAGUACGUGUGGCCCGAGUGAUGUGGCAUCCAUCAGGACGUUUCCUGGGCACUACCUGCUAUGACCGUUCAUGGCGCUUAUGGGAUUUGGAAGCUCAAGAAGAGAUCCUGCAUCAGGAAGGCCACAGCAUGGGUGUGUAUGACAUUGCCUUCCAUCAAGAUGGCUCUUUGGCUGGCACUGGGGGACUGGAUGCAUUUGGUCGUGUUUGGGACCUACGCACAGGACGUUGUAUCAUGUUCCUAGAAGGCCACCUGAAGGAAAUCUAUGGAAUAAAUUUCUCCCCCAAUGGCUACCACAUUGCAACUGGCAGUGGUGACAACACUUGCAAAGUGUGGGACCUACGACAACGACGAUGCGUGUAUACCAUCCCUGCCCAUCAGAAUUUAGUGACUGGAGUCAAAUUUGAACCUAUCCAUGGGAACUUCUUGCUCACUGGUGCCUAUGAUAACACAGCCAAGAUCUGGACCCACCCAGGCUGGUCCCCAUUGAAGACUCUGGCUGGCCAUGAAGGCAAAGUGAUGGGUCUAGACAUUUCUUCUGAUGGACAGCUUAUAGCCACCUGCUCAUAUGACAGGACCUUCAAGCUCUGGAUGGCUGAAUAGACAAGACCGUGGAAGAAGGACUCUAACCUCAGUCUCUCCCUUAGGAGCCAUUUUCCUUAAAAGAAAAGAAUUGAUGUGUUUUGUUCUAUCAUGUUUUCUGCCAAUUACCAUGUAUAGACCCUCAGUAGAUUUGGAUUUUCACGUCAGCCUACUCCCAAGAGGCAGCCCAGUCCUUAGGUGAUGGUGAACUCUUUUUGUGGUUGAAAAUGAAAUUCUCAUCUUCAGGCCCAGCCAUGAACUUCCUAGACGUUUUUUAUUGGUCUUUCUUUGAAUCCUCUCAGCACUCAGGAUUGUGACUACUCUCUACAUUUUUAAUUCUUGAAACUUGGCUUUCCAUCACAUGGUAUAUGCUUCAGGGCUGCAUGUGAUCCAGUGAGCAAGGUGGCUGGACUAUAUUCUCAAAGUCCUUGAGGAAAGAGACACAUCUCCCCACAUACUGGUUGAACAAUGCCUCACGGCAAGUCCCUGGAGUGGACAGCAGUUAUGCUGAUGUUUAUACACUGAAGCUUUGACCUCUUCCUGUAAAGUUCACUUGGAAUGCCAACUGCAUCAGGAAACUCAGAACUGAACACUUACCUCAUUAGAAAAUGCCCUCCAUCUUGCUUUGAAGUUUAACAUCCUUCAUACUACCCUAAAGCAAGGCUACUAUGUCAGGAUUCAUAGAAAUUUGUAGAAAGCAAACAUGAUGUCUCUCUUGUACACUCUCCUUGCUAUGGUUAUUUAAAGGAUGUACUUUGUGUAUUAAAAGGUACUUCAUGUCGAAGUAACUGGAAAAAAUCCCUAAUAGGCAUUACUAAACAUAAACCUUUUUCUCUUUAUUACCCACUUGCUAGGAGUAAAAUCCUACCAUAAAAACUAUCCUUUAAAAAUUAUUUUCUAUAGUUAAGCAUUUUCUGAACCCUAGUCAUUUGUCCAAGGAGUAUCUUUUUUUGGUUUAGGUUAUAACAUUUCAGAUAUGGAUUAGCACAAUUUCUCCUUAAUCAGCACUCUUAGCUUUAUUAAUAGGGGACUGUUGGCCUUAUCACCAGUAAACUGUGCAUGGACUCCAUAAUUCUUACUAGUUGGGCAUGUAGUGAUUGCCUUCACCUUCUUACUGCAGGUAUAUAUUUUCUGGCCUCUGAAAUUGGUAAAUUCACAUAAAAAGAGGAAUUUGGAAGAAAAGCAUAAUAAGGAAGAAUUAAACAAGGGCUAAUAUAAUGGUUUCUCCAUGAAUGUUCAAAAUCCUUUCAUUUGCCCAUCCAGAGAGGUUGAGAGUGGCUUUGGCUCUAUUCUGCAAAUUAAGAAUAUGUGAUAUGUAGCUAAACAUGCUGUUUUUAAUCUGAUUUCAUUUAUAACCAAAUCGAUGCAUUUCCUGUUCAGUUGUUAAGCCUCUGAAUUCUUGGGUCUGUCCUCACGGCCCUGUGUUGUUGUUUAAUAGUUCUGUUUUCUUUGUAAUUUGCCAUGAAAAAAACUUUCCAUCACCAUUUUUGUAAAAUGAUGGACAUGAGUGUACCCAUGCAGCUUGGGCAUGGUGCACUAACAGUGGUUUGCAGUUUCUCAGGUGUAAAUCUUACUAUUCCCUUGGA